AUGGCUCUCGGCCGACUUCUUAGAGCGGCUGGCCCUACCCUUAGCCGUUUGACCUUCGGAGUUAUCAACACGGAGAAGGCGGACGAUCCGCAUCGCAUACACCAGGAAGGCUGGCCAGCGUUCAAUCUUUGGGCAUGUACAAAUCUGCAGUCUCUGGCCAUCCCCAUGCACCUCCAGUAUGACGACGGGCACAACGUCGACAAAUCGCCCUUCGAGUCUGCGCUCGAUUUUCUCAACUAA